AUGGCUCCCGUUGCUACUGCUCGUGGUCGCAAGGCCCAGAAGGUCACCAAGAAGCCCGUGAACGACAAGAUCUUCGACCUCUCUGCCUUCGAGAAGUUCCUCCACGACCGCAUCAAGGUUGAGGGCCGUGUCGGCAACCUCGGAGACAAGAUCGCCAUCUCCCAGGCUGGUGAGGGCAAGAUUGAAGUUGUUGCCCACAUCCCCUUCUCCGGUCGCUACCUCAAGACCAAGAAGUAUCUCAAGAAGCAGCAGCUCCGUGACUGGCUGCGCGUUGUCUCCACCUCCAAGGGUGUCUACGAGCUCCGCUUCUUCAACAUCAAUAACGAUGAGCCCGAGGAGGAUGAGGAGUAA